UCAUACCCUUGGAUGAAACGAAGGCUGCGACUUCUCUGCGCUCCUUGUCCUCUUCUGUUCUCGCAGUGCAAAAUGUCCAUGUUUUCCCCUGACUACAGUGCCACGUUCUGUUGGCAUGGGCAGUUUCACUUUCUGUGCGCAGCAAGACAAUGAAAACUGAUGUAUGGACAUUUCUAAGUUGAUUCGAAUGCGGAAUACGCGCAGGCAUUUCCCCUAACUGCUGUUUUCUGAACUUGCAUGCAUGAAAACAAAAUUCAAAUCACUUGCAUGGCCGGAAAUGUUGACGUUUGCACUUGGAGCUCUGUCAGCCUACCAGAUGAAAACAUCUAUUCAGUGCGCGCUAUACGGAGGUUCCAGUAGUUUGACUUUGCUGCUCUAUUAGUACGUAUGGUUCACCUCUCCAUCGCGGCGCAUCAUUAGGAUACCGGGGGUGGGGCGACAGCAGCCUGUCCCGGUAAGGGGAGGAGAGAGCUGGGAGCAGAGGCGGUACUUUCUCCGCGGCUCGUUUCUUGGCGCUGGAGAGUGUGGGACCAGGGCUGGAGAGACCGCGGGGGAGCAUCAGCACAACCAGUCCAGCACGGAGCCUCGCCUGGCCGACCGCUGCGCCGUGCACUCUUCUUGGGGACUGCACAACAUUCCUGUGAAAUAUAACUGCUUUUAAUGGCAUGUGGCUUGUAACUUUACUUCUGCUAUAUUCUUUUCAAGAAGCCAACAGUGAGGAUGUUGUCUCCACGCGGCUGUACUUUGUGAACGCCUCCCUGCAGCGGGUGACCUUCUCCAGCUCGGUGGGGGUGUCCCUGCCCUGCCCUGCGGGCGGCGCCCCCCAUGCCGUCCUGCGCUGGUACCUGGCUGCCGGAGACGACAUUUACGACGUACCCCAUAUCCGCCACGUGCAUGCCAAUGGCACCCUCCAGCUCUUCCCCUUCUCUCCCUCCGCCUAUAAUAGCAUUAUCCAUGACAAUGAGUACUUCUGCACUGCUGAGAACCAGGCAGGCAAGAUUCGAAGCCCCAGCAUCCACAUCAAAGCAGUGUUCAGGGAGCCCUACACAGUCCGUGUGGCAGACCAGCGCUCCAUGCGAGGUAAUGUUGCCGUGUUCAAGUGCCUCAUCCCCUCAGCCGUCCAGGAGUACGUCAGUGUGGUGUCCUGGGAGAAGGACACGGUCUCUAUCAUCCCAGGUAACCGUUUCUUCCUGACUUCAUUUGGUGCUCUGUAUAUCUCAGAAGUGCAGAAGGAAGAUGCUCUGUCCACCUAUCGCUGCAUCACAAAGCACAAGUACAGUGGAGAGACUCGCCAGAGCAAUGGAGCCAGGCUGUCUGUUAUGGACCCUACGGAGUCCACCCCAUCAGUGCAGGACAGUUUCCAGUCCGGUGAGGUGCAGGUGGGGCAUAGUGUGGAGCUCCCCUGCAUCGCAUCUGGAUACCCAAACCCCACCAUACGAUGGCUAAAGGAUGGUCGGCCAUUACCUGCAGACUCCCGCUGGACGCGGCGCAUCACCGGCCUCACCAUUUCAGACUUGAGACUCGAGGACAGCGGCAACUACAUCUGUGAGGUCACUAACAGCUUUGGCUCCAAAGAGGUGACGGGUCACCUCAAUGUCAUAGAGCCGCUGCGGGUCACCUUGUCUCCCAAGAACCUGAAAACCGGAAUCAGCAGUACAGUCAUCCUCUCCUGUGCUGUGCAGGGUUCCCCCCACUUCACUGUGUCCUGGUACCGUAACACAGAACCCGUCCUGCCCGAUCAGCACUUCUCCAUACAGGGCGCUCACAAUGAGACAUUGUUCAUUUCCGCUGCACAAAAGCGACAUUCGGGAGCUUACCAGUGCUUCGCCACACGCAAGGGCCAGACUGCCCAGGACUUUUCCAUCAUACUACUGGAAGAUGGUACACCCCGUAUCAUCGCCUCAUUCAGUGAGAGGGUGGUGGUCCCAGGUGAACCGUUUUCCCUGAUGUGUGCUGCCAAAGGUGCACCUCCUCCCACCAUCACCUGGACCCUGGACGACGAGCCUGUGGCCCGGGACCUGUCCCGUGUCAGAGCCAGCCAGUACACGCUCUCUGAUGGCAGCACUGUGAGCCACGUCAACGUCAGCAGCCCGCAGAUUCGUGAUGGAGGAGUGUAUCGGUGCGCCGCACGAAACUCGGCUGGUAGUGCCGAGUACCAAGCGCGCAUAAACGUAAGAGGUCCUCCACGGAUUCGGCCUAUGAAGAACAUCACUGCAGUGGCUGGAAGAAACACUUUCAUAAACUGCCGUGUGAUUGGGUAUCCUUAUUAUUCAAUCAACUGGUACAAGGAGGGACUUCUGCUGCCUGACAACCAUCGCCAGGUGGUGUAUGAAAACGGAACUCUGAAGCUCAGUGAUGUCCAAAAGGGGAUGGACGAGGGGGCCUACGUCUGCAGCGUGCUCAUCCAACCACAGCUGUUCAUCACGCAGACUGUUUAUGUCACUGUCAAAGUUCCUCCACUGAUCCAGCCAUUUGACUUUCCACCGACUUCUAUCGGUAAAUUGAUGUACAUCGCCUGUGUGGUGUCAUCUGGAGACAUGCCCAUACGCAUCACAUGGCGCAAAGACGGGCAGGAGAUCGUCCCCUCUUCGGGCAUCACUAUCGACACAAAGGAGUUUAUGAGCUCCCUCCAAAUAUCCAAGGUGUCGCUCAAACACAAUGGCAACUACACCUGCAUUGCCAGCAACGAUGCUGCCACUGUCAGCACAGAGAGGCAGCUUACAGUUACAGUGCCUCCUCGGUUUGUGGUUCAGCCCAACAACCAGGAUGGGAUCUAUGGCAAGGCAGGGAUCCUAAACUGUUCUGUUGAUGGAUACCCUCCUCCUAAGGUCAUGUGGAAGCAUGCCAAAGGUACACUAGCGGGUAUUGGGAACCCGCAGCAGUACCACCCUGUGCCUCUGACAGGCCGCAUCCAGAUCAUGAGUAAUGGCUCUCUACUCAUCAGACAUGUCCUGGAAGAGGAUCGUGGCUUUUACCUCUGUCAGGCCUCCAAUGGUGUGGGUUCAGACAUCAGCAAGAGCAUGGUCCUCACUGUAAAAAUCCCCGCAAUGAUCACCAGUCACCCCAACACUACCAUGGCUAAGAAGGGUCACGUGAAGGAGCUGAACUGCACAGCCAGGGGAGAAUGGCCCAUCAUCAUCCGCUGGGAAAGAGGAGACACAGUCAUUGAUCCCGACCGCAACCCCCGAUACUCCAUUACCACCAGUCCCAAUGAGAAGACUGAUGAGGUGUUGUCUACGCUCAAGUUAAAGCCAGCAGAGCGUGAGGAUUCAGUCUUCUUCUCCUGUCAUGCCAUUAACUCUUAUGGAGAAGGACGAGGCCUCAUCCAGCUCACUGUGCAAGAGCCCCCAGACCCUCCAGAGUUGGAGGUGAGAGAAGUAAAAGAUCGUAGUAUGAAUCUUCGAUGGACACAGAGAUUUGAUGGAAACAGCGUCAUUACCUCCUACGAUAUUGAGUAUAAGAACAAGACAGAUUCCUGGGAGUUGAAACAUGCCACUCGAAACAUCUCCCCGACCAACAAUCAAGCCAACAUAGUGGACCUUCACCCUGCCUCUGUCUACAGCAUUCGCAUGUACUCCUACAACGCCAUAGGCAAGAGCGAGGCCAGUAAGGAACUAACCAUCAGCACAGAGGAAGCACAGCCCGAUGGUCCUCCCAUGGAUGUGAUCCUGCAGCCUGUCACCUCUCAGAGUAUUAGGGUCACCUGGAAGGCUCCCAGGAAGGAACUGCAGAACGGGGUGAUCCGAGGUUACCAGAUCGGCUACAGAGAAAACGGCCCAGGCAGUAACGGCCAAUACAGCAUUGUGGAGAUGAAGGCCACUGGAGACAGUGAGGUUUACACCUUGGACAACCUGAAGAAGUUUGCCCAGUAUGGUGUGGUUGUCCAGGCCUUCAACAGAGCUGGCACAGGGCCCUCUAGCUCAGAGAUCAACGCUACAACGCUGGAGGAUGUUCCCAGCCAGCCUCCUCAGAACGUGCGAGCCAUUUCUGUGACAUCAGAUGAGGCAGUAAUCACAUGGGCCGAGCCUCCCAGGAUGACGCUACAUGGUGUACUGAAAGGAUAUCGCGUAGUCUUCUGGGCCGUCUUCCCGGAUGGAGAGUGGGGUGAAAUGCAAAACAUCACAACCACUAAGGAGCAGGUAGAGCUCAAAGGCCUGGAGAAGUUCACCAACUACAGCAUCCAGGUGCUGGCUUACACCCAGGCCGGGGACGGCGUUCGGAGCAAUGUCCUGUACAUCCAAACCCGUGAAGACUACCCAGGACCCCCAGCUGGCAUCAAAGCUGUGCCCUCCUCUGCCAGCAGCGUCGUGGUGUCCUGGUUACCCCCUCACAAACCGAAUGGAAUUAUCCGCAAGUACACAAUCUACUGCUCCAGCCCCGGGUCAGGCCAACCGCUGCCCAGCGAGUAUGAAGCUAAUCCAGAGCUGCUGUUCUACCGAAUUACCCACCUCAACCACCGGCAGCAGUACCUGAUCUGGGCUGCAGCUGUCACAACUGCAGGCCGGGGGAACUUCAGUGAGAAGGUCACUGUGGAGCCAGCAGCCAAGGCCCCAGCUAAGAUCCUGUCAUUUGGAGGUACAGUGACUACUCCUUGGAUGAAAGAGGUCCGGCUGCCCUGUAGCUCAGUAGGAGAACCAACACCCACAAUAAAAUGGACCAAAGACAGCGAGGACACAGCCAUUCCAGUGUCUCUAGAUGGACAGCGUCUCAUCCUGGCCAAUGGGACACUGGUGCUGCGCUCUGUCAAAGCUGAAGACUCAGGCUACUACACCUGCACAGCCACCAACACCCUGGGCUUUGACACUAUCAUAGUCAAUCUCUUGGUACAAGUCCCUCCAGACCAGCCUCGUCUAACUGUCUCCACCACCUCCACCUCUUCCAUCACGCUGGCCUGGAUACCGGGAGACAACGGAGGCAGCUCUAUCAGAGGUUUUGUGCUGCAGUACUCUGUGGACAACACAGAGGAAUGGAAAGAUGUUUUCAUCAGUUCUAGUGAGCGCUCCUUCAAACUGGACAACCUGCGCUGUGGCACCUGGUAUAAAGUAAAGCUGGCUGCCAAGAACAGCGUCGGUGCUGGACGCAUCAGUGAGAUCAUUGAGGCGAAGACCCACGGGCGAGAGCCCCAGUUCAACAAGGAUCAGCCAGUCUUCACCCACAUUAACUCCAGCCACGCCCGCCUCAACCUGCAGGGCUGGGCCAGUGGAGGUUGUCCGAUCAGCGCCGUCACACUAGAGUUUAGACCAAAAGGCACAUGGGCAUGGCAGAGUGUGCGUACCAAUGCUACCACAGAUGUGUUCCUGGCAGAGCUGCGUGAGGCCACCUGGUAUGAGCUGAAGAUGAAAGCAUGUAACAGCGCAGGCUGUGGCAACCAGAGCUCCCAGUUUGCAACACUGGAUUAUGAUGGCAGCACAAUCCCACCGAUAAAAUCUCCCCUGGAAAAGAACGAUGAUGUCAAGAAGUUGUUUUCUAUUGGCUGUCCUGUCAUCUUGGUCACUCUGGGCGUUGCACUGCUCUUCAUCAUUCGCAAGAAACGCAAAGAAAAGAGGCUGAAGAGACUAAGAGAUGCCAAAAGCCUAGCAGAGAUGCUGAUCAGUAAAAACAACCGCAGCUUUGACACCCCAGUGAAGGGACCUCCUCAGGGCCCGCGGUUACACAUCGACAUUCCCAGAGUGCAGCUGCUAAUUGAGGAUAAAGAAGGCAUCAAGCAAAUCGGUGAGGACAAGGCCACUAUCCCUGUGACAGACACAGAGUUCAACCAGACUGGGAACCCUCAGAGCUUCUGCACGGGUGUGUCUGUCCAUCACCCCGCCCUCAUCCAGAACACUGGUCCUUUAAUUGACAUGUCAGACAUCAGACCAGGAACCAACCCAGUGUCAAGAAAGAGCGUUAAAUCAGCCCACAGCAUCAGGAACCGCUACUCCAGUCAGUGGACUCUGACCAAGUGUCAGGCAUCUACGCCAGCUCGCACUCUCACCUCAGACUGGCGCACAGUUGGUUCCCAGCAUGGCAUCACCGUCACAGAGAGUGACAGCUACAGUGCUAGCCUCUCACAGGACACAGAUAAGGGUCGCAACAGCAUGGUGUCAACAGAGAGCGCCUCGUCCACCUACGAGGAGCUGGCGAGAGCAUAUGAGCAUGCCAAGCUGGAGGAACACUUGCAGCAUGCUAAGUUUGAGAUUACAGAGUGCUUUAUCUCUGAUAGCUCAUCUGACCAGAUGACCACAGGUACCAACGACAAUGCAGACAGCAUGACGUCCAUGAGCACACCGUCAGAGCCUGGUAUCUGCCGUUUCACUGCCUCGCCACCCAAACCCCAGGACUAUGACCGUGGCAAGAAUGUAGCUGUGCCCAUUCCACACCGCGCCAAGAGUGACUACUGCAAUCUACCCCUCUACAUGAAGUCAGAUCCCUUCUUCCGAAAGCAGUCGGAGCAUCAUGACCCAUGUCCAGUAGUCCCACCACGUGAAGCCUCUAUUCGUGGCCUGGCCCAGCGGUCAUACCACACCCAGGGCCGUCAUGUGACUAUGGACUCUGCAAAGCAGCAGGCCCUAUCCAUGGGCCACUCUGGCCUGUCCAACCUCACUUCCUCUGGGGCAUCCUCUGGAGGAGGAGCAGGAGGUGGCGGUGGAGGUAGCGGGAGUGGAGGGGCGUCAGCUAGCUCUAGCAGCUCCACACUUCCCCAGAGGACUCUCACCAUGCCCGGCUCCUCUGCCUCAGUGGCUCAGAGGGCCACAGGAGGGACCCCUGGAGGUGCCUCCUCAUCUUCCUCCAAGAUGGGAGGAUCCCGAGACUCUCUCCUGGAGAGCAGCUCCUUGGGCUUAGGCAGACUACAGAAGCAGAGGGAUGGAGGGGCAGGGGCCUACUCUAAGUCAUACACACUGGUGUAGCCUGCCAUCACUGCGGCCUGUCACUGUAACACUCGAUAGAAUGCUGGUCAAGCCAGCUCUUACCUGGAGCCUCUAUGGGAAAGUGGGGUGAGGACCAUACACCUGCUCAGCUGACCCGUCAGUGCCUGCGCUGUGCCAGGCUGCAGGGGGCUGCUUGGGUUCCCAUCGACACUACUGUAUGAAAGGGUCAGAGCUGGGUCUCCACAGCACAGGGGUUUGCCUUUCUUUCUGCCUGAUUGCUUUCAAUUCUUAUUGUCAUCUUUCUCUAGCUGUUAUUUCAUCACCCUGGAAAUCACUGGCCAGAACAUAAAUGAUUUAUUCGUUCACUUCAUGUUUUCAUUUUCUGCUAAGGACACAGUACUUAUGCACAAAAUGCUUUCCACGUACACUGUCUUGUCUUCUGGAUUGAGGCAGUUGUAGAAUGAACCAGGUUGCUUGAGUUUCACAUAGAACUGUGUUAAAGUUUGUAGGUUUUUAAAUAUGUCUGGUCUGUGAUGGAAGAAAAGCUCCUAUCACAGCAUUGUGCCACGGCAGGAUGCUUUUACUGUAUGCAUAAACCAUCAACCUUGGUGUUAACACUGGGUCUGAGAGGUUAGUCCAUCAUGGAUUCAGACAUUAGAGGCAGUGGAAGGACGUCUCAUUACCAGUUUUGAAACGUGGGGAAUUUUCUCAUCCAUGCAAUGGAUGACACAGCAUAGUGCUCUUAAUCGAUGCUUUUAUAAACAGACUCAAAGCAGAAGUGAUUAAAAAUAAGGUCAAGCAUCAUCAAGUGAAAAAUGAAUCCAAACCUUUUUUUUCUCUUUAUUUUAUGAUGAUGAAAUAUAAUCUCAUGUGCACUAAGAAAAUGUUAGAAUGGAUCCAAGUAACAGAAACCUUCACGAGCCUGCGUGCGUGUGGGUGUAUAUGUGUAAAUAUAAAUAUGUCUACAUGUGGCAGGCACACACCAACAGUGGACCUUUUUAAAAUCAAUCUGUAUGCUGACCUCUCGGGCAGAUGUCUGUGUCAAAACCAAGUCCCAUCUCCCACCCUGUUCGUUUUGUGGAGGGGACAUGGACAGUAAUGAUGAUGAUGCUGACAAUGUAACGGUACGAUCCCAAUCUGGUCCAACAUUUUGAACUUUGUUUUGUUAAGCAUGAUUGACAGCAUUGCUUAGGAAAUCCUAAAGAGGAAGGGAUUCAAAAGGGAGCAAUUAGGAAGGAAGAGGCUCUUUUCUUUCUCUUUUUCUCUUUCACUCCCUCAGCAAAGAAGGAAGAGAUUCCCUUAUGCAUCAUGGUGCCACAAUGCCAUUAUUCUUUUGUUUAACACAUUUUACCUGUACCCGCUUUGUCCCUUUAUAUUCUUCCCCACCUUCACUUCUGCCCACCCAGUCCCCCAUCAUACCCAUACAGUAUCACUGUAACCUACUGCUAGCAUACCAGCUAGUCAAAAAGACAAACUGAGAGAUGAGGUCUAAUAUGCACAGCCAGGAAGGAAUGCUGUUUAACAUUCAGUGACAACUUGAAUGGAGAAAUUAAGCAUCAGCAAAUUAACAGAGAUGUAGACAAGAAAAAUAUCUGUAUGAAGCGAUCUUGAAUUUAUGAAUGGACAAUAACUUUGAGAUCAUAGACAGAGAGAUCAAGUGUUAAUAGUGUUAGGGGGGUUACACAGCAGAGAGAUACAAUUUUUCUUAAAAAAAACAUAGUCUUCAAAAGUAAAAGAUGUUUUUAAGUCCCUCCACCUCACUGAAAUUGAUUUUAGCUUUAUGCAUGGUACUGUAUCUGUUCAGUUCCCCCCCACCCCUUUUCUUCUCCCAAAGCUUAAUUCCAUAACAAAGAUUGUUCCAAAAAAAAGAGUUGCUCCAAAUGUUUUGCAACUGUAAAACAUAACAUCAGGGCUCUCGCAAUAGAAAAAAGAAAAAGAUAUGAUAUAUGUUUCUUUUCAAAAGUAUGUACAUAUAUAUUUCUAUUCAAAUAUAUAGCAAAUAUAUGAAUAUUGAAAAAAGCAGAGAAAUAUAAAAGCCGUUCUAAUUGAAUAUAUAUAUAAAAGAUCACAAGACAAUCGCUCAGAGUGAAAACCUACAAGAAGGAAGAAAAAGAAGAGGGAAGGUUAAACGGGUAGCACAACCACGGACAGAGAGGAAGUGGCGUGAACGAAGGUUAAAUGGUGCAACUGAGGUUUGAGGAAUGAUACGGUGACCCCCUUGUGAUUUUGUAAAUGUUCAAGCUGCGACACCUGUGCGGCAGGUAGCAGCUGAAAGGACAAGCACAGUAGAGUCAAGUUAUAGUGUGAGGUUGUGUCGCUGGUUAACUGUGGUCUGUGGCUCAGUGCAGACAGUGUGGUGUUGAUAACGAAAACAGUGAAACAAGGACAACCUAUACAGUAAGUGAGCCUAUUGUAAUAUGUUGUAUUGUACCUUCCAAAGGUGUGUUCACAAACUCAAUGCCAUUACCUGACUAUAGUUAAUGAAGACAAACAAACCAACAGGUAUCUCUAUUUCUUAUCUGUGUUAUAACAAGUCCUCCCCAAACUCCAGGGCUGCAGGCCAACAAGCAUACCACACAGUAAAGAAAUGCUUACAGACGUAUUCAUGCUUCCUCUUAUUUUAGAUAGCAGAAAAAUGCAUUUUGCUUUCCACUGAUAGUUAUGUCUUUCAUUUUGGGCUUCAUGAUUCAAGUUAUGCAAAUAUUUGUUUUGAGGGAAAAAACACAUUUGUGAAUGAGGCAGAUGUAUGGCUAUUGGAUAGAGUGAUGACAUGAACUCCCGCUCAAACCUGCUUUCUCCAGCUCGUCAGUAAGGUUACUUCUACUGUAAAACACUGACCUACUGUCAGUUUGAUUAAAGUAAGUGGAAUGUAUACGUUUAAGGAAAAUUCCACCCUCUGAUACUUCUACACCAUCGCUGUGUUUAUUAUCAAUCAGUGAUGGUUCCACAUUGAGUUUUAUUUCAUGAUCAUCUAUAAUAUGUGUUUUGUUUCCAAUUCCACAAAACCUGAGUUUUUGUGAAGUACAGAGUACUGUGGAUUUAUUUCAGUGAAUGUUUUGUUUAUUUAUUUACUUAUUUAUUUGUUGUGUUAGACAGAACUUAUCAGACCCAAAUUAAUGUUUUUAUUUCUUUGCACAGAAGUUUAGAGAAUUUUUCAGAAGGAUUUCAAUUCCAGAUAUUAACCUUUGUGGUCUAAUUUAAAGAUGGGGAUGUAGACUACCUGCUGUUAUAUGAAAACCUAAUACAUGUACUGUAUAAUUAUCA